AUGUCUUAUGGUCGUCAAUUUGUGCGGAUAAUAAAGCGAGUCAAUAGUUCUACCUCAAACUUAGAUGCUAAUGUUGCAAAUGGCAUAUCCUCAGAUACAUUACAAGCUAGAGCGAUGGUGUUCCAUAAGCAGUAUGACCCAGUUCGUGUGGAGAGGAAGGCAUUAAAGAACACUUUGAGCAAAUCGUAUUUAUAUGAGAAUGAUAAAUAUCAAAUGCUGCGAAGCUUUUUGGAUGAUACAAAGCUUAGUGGCGAUGUGCACCCAGGAGGUCUGCCUGCCUGUCAAGAGAUGUCAUCAGAAGAGUUUUCUAUCUUCUUUAACAGACUACUACCAACUUCGGGCUCAUCUUUUUCUUUGAAAGAGGCUAUUCCUGAAAAUAUGGUUGUUCCGCUUGCUAACAAGUUGUACCAAUUUUAUAUGGCUAUCUUGGAGCGUGAGAAGAAGACAAGAUUCACACCAAUGGAAUUGCAUGAUCUGAAUAAGUUUUCUAAUUGGUUUCUUAACGAAAACAAACUAAAGCUAGCUCGUAAAGUUUUGCAGCAGAUAUUGCGCCAAACAGGAAGUGAACAACUACCACGGGACCAUCAAACUCUGGUAACCUACUUCCAGCUGUAUCUUGGUUCCUUGGCAUCUCUUUGGCCGACUCCAAAAGUCCAAUCAGCAUGCUACGAUAAAUUGGUGAGAGGUAGCAGAAGACCAAAGUAUGUUGUCUACAACUCUUUGCCAGAAGGUAUCAUGUAUGACGUGCUCCAAAAAUUGUUGGAAAAUGACGACUGGAAACAUCUGCGCAGCAGCGAAUUAGAUGCUAAGAUACUAUAUUCUUUAUGCCAUUAUAAUCGUAUGGACCUAUUCGAAGGAUUUAUGGAACGUGCAUGGGGCAUCGUUGACCAUCCUAAGAAAGUUGAAAAAGAGGUACCUGUUGAUAUAUCCUCAGGAACAUACCCGGGUUCUGAAGUCCUAAUAGCUAUUGUUACAUCGUUUUCAUACCGUAAUGACCUAGAAAAGGCGGUGAGGUUAGUUGAUGCAUUUCUUAAUAAAUAUCCACAGAUGGAUUUGCGCACCGAAUUUUGGGAAAAGCUUUUCCUCUGGACCAGAGUGAUGUUUGAUAGAAAGCUCGACCCAUUGGGCAGUUUACAGAAGGCCUGCUGGUUGCGUAUGUUAAGCUGGUAUAAGAGUCGUGGUGAAUCCGUACCGUACAGCUCGUAUCUGGCAAGCUGCAGGUACGAAAUUUUGAAACAGACGUCCAAUUAUAAGGAUGCUAUGGCUAUGUUCCCAGAUUAUAUGAGUGCUGUGUACGCCAAGUCUGCUGCCGCUAAACAUAAUCUAACAGUAGUGCGCAAAUACCAAAAAUUUGUGAUCAGAGAACUUUCCGCUCGAGGUAAAAGAGACGCCUGUACUCAAUUUAUCGAACAAUGGAGAUUUAAUGAAGAGAACGAAAAAGAGCUUCAAGACACAUUCCAGCGGCACUGGAACAAAUACACUAUCCGCCAGGAAAAAAGACGCUCAUCAGCCAGAAACAAACAGCUCAAACUUCAAGAUGACGAUGACGAUGACUUCAGUUUAACAGGAGUGCAGCUGUGGUAA